GAUGGCGCGUAUAGUAUGGCAACAGCAAACCGACCAUGCAUGCCUCUGCCCGACGACGCGGCGACCCCCGUCGGCCGUUGCCAUGGAAUGCAACGUCGUCCCACGGCGCACCUACGCGUCGUAUCGUCGGCGGUAGGCCACCCGAACAAAUCCUUUCCCCGGACCCACACGUCAUCCUCUCCAAACCGGCCCCCCUCCAAAAGGCCUGCCCUUUUUAUGCCCAUCCAUCCGGCCAUCCUCCGGACAUCAGCAGCAGCAGCCACCCCACCGCACCUCGUCACCACCACCACCCACGCAGAGCGCAGCAGACCACAGCCACCACCACCACCGCGCGCCGCCGUCGUCGCCAUGGCGGUGAGCAACAACAUCACGGCGUGCGUGACGCUGCUGGCGCUAAUCUGCGCGGUGCCCGUGAUCGCGUCAGGGAUCUGGUUCGCGUCGGCGCAGGGCGAGGAGUGCGCGCGCCUGGCGCGGUGGCCCGUGGCGAUCCUGGGCGGCCUGCUCCUCCUGGCGGCGCUGGCGGGCUUCGUCGGCGCGUACUGGAACCGGCGGCGCCUCCUGGCGUUCUACCUCUUCGCGAUGGCGUCGCUCGUCGUGCUGCUCAUCGCGCUGCUCGUCUUCGCCUUCGCCGUCACCCGGGGAUCCGGCGCGUACCCGGUGCUCGGCCGCGCCUACGACGACUACCACCUCGACGGCUUCUCCAUGUGGCUCAGAGGCUACGUCUCGGAUGACCCUGGACGGUGGGAGAAGAUCAGGGCCUGCCUCGCUGUCUCUGAUACCUGCAAGAAGCUCGCCAGACAGGCUGCGUUCACCAACGCCGAGCAGUUCUAUCAGUCCCACCUCUCCCCGUUACAGUCUGGUUGCUGCAAGCCGCCGUCGGUGUGCGGGUUCAGCUACGUGAGCCCGACGGUGUGGACGGCGGCGGCGCGGCCGGCGGCGGACCCGGACUGCGGGCUGUGGAGCAACGACCCGGGGCAGCUGUGCUACGAGUGCGAGUCCUGCAAGGCGGGCCUCCUGGAGACGCUCCGGGACCAGUGGCACAAGGCCAACAUCGCGCUCGUCGUCGCCACCGUCGCCCUCGUCAUCCUCUACCUCGUCGGCUGCAGCGCCUACAAGAACGCGCAGGCCGCCGCCAUCUUCAGCCGCUACAAGUACUAGUAAUUAAUUAAGCUGCUGCCGUCUGCAUGCCGAUGAUCCAUGUGGUUAAGGGUUUUUACGGUUUUUUGUCAUGUAUUUGGAUUGUGGAUUGUGGAUUUGUGUGUGUGUGUGUGUGUCCUGGUGAAGCGUAUGCAUUUGUAGCGGCGGUGGUGCUGGUGUGUUUGCAGACUUGGUUCAUCAUGGUAGUGGUAGAUGUGUAAGGUAGAGGAGAUGUGUAAGAUUAGGUAAUGGUGUUUUUCCUAUUUGCCGACGAGUAAUGUAUCUUAUCUGAUAUCUGAAGUUCUGAACAAGUGGCCAGCAAGUGAGAUGUACUGCUGCUGGAUCAAGGCUGAUUGAUUCAGAUUCGUAAGUACGUUGUUUACUGA